AAGGCUUUCAGUGACAUCUGAGGGAAGUCUGUGAGCAGCAGGCAUGGCAAACAGCUCUCUUUGGGAUGCUCUGAACAGCACCUGCAGCAAUGCAGGCAACAGCUGCUAUCUGGACAAUGGCAUGAGGUUCAACUUAACCUUUCAAGAGCAGGCAGCUGAUUUCUACAUUGUCCUCCCUGUGAUUUACUCUGUGAUCUGUGCUGUGGGGCUCACAGGCAACACUGCUGUCAUCUAUGUGAUCCUCAAGGCCCCCAAGAUGAAGACUGUGACAAACAUGUUCAUCCUGAACCUUGCCAUAGCUGAUGACUUAUUCACACUUGUCUUGCCCAUUAAUAUCGCUGAACACCUCCUUCACUACUGGCCCUUUGGAGAAGUCCUCUGCAAGGUCAUCCUCUCCAUAGACCACUACAAUAUCUUCUCCAGCAUUUAUUUUCUAACAGUAAUGAGCAUAGACAGGUAUCUGGUAGUACUGGCUACAGUCAGGUCCAAGAGGAUGCCCCAUCGUACAUACCGAGCAGCCAAGAUUGUCAGUUUGUGCAUCUGGAUCCUUGUCACCAUCAUAGUUCUCCCUUUUAUCAUCUUUGCCAAUGUCUACGUAGAUGACUUGGAGAUCAAGAGUUGUGGUCUCAAUUUCCCCAAGCCUGAAAGGUUUUGGUUCAAAGCCAGCAGGAUCUAUACCCUCAUCCUUGGCUUUGCCAUUCCAGUAUCCACCAUUUGCAUCCUUUACACCAUGAUGCUCUACAAACUGAGGAACAUGCACUUGAACUCUAAUGCUAAAGCCCUGGACAAAGCCAAGAAGAAAGUUACUAUUAUGGUCUUCAUAGUCCUGGCUGUAUGUCUCUUCUGUUGGACCCCCUUCCACUUGGCCACCAUUGUGGCUUUGACCACUGACUUGCCCCAGACCUCCAUGGUCAUUGGGAUAUCCUACUUCAUCACCAGUUUAAGCUAUGCCAACUCCUGCUUGAAUCCUUUCCUCUAUGCCUUCCUGGAUGACAGCUUUCGGAAAAGCUUCCGGAAGAUGCUGGAAUGCAGAACUUCUUGAGCAGUGGGUUGGGGCUCCCAGAUCCCUUCCCCCCCGUGGCUUUGCAGGGGCAC